AAUAAAAUUUCCUAGAAAUUCAAAAUAUAAUUUUGAUUGAAAUGAUAAAAAAAUCUUAAAUAAUACAAAUUUCAAUUCCAAAAUUGAUGCAAUGAAAGAAAUGAAAGAAUAAAUGUAAAAAAGCAUAUAUUACUUAAAUUUAAUCGCUGCAAAUACAAAGUAAGAUAAGAAGAUAUGUUGAAUCCGAUUUCUAGGGUAUCAGAUCUACAAUAAAUUCCUUGGAUGCACCGCAGGAGGUUUUGAGAAGUGGGGUAAGGAGUAAGGGUGGGGAAGUUAAGAAGAAGGAGAAGAGAAGCAGAGAAAUUCGUAGCGACGCUUCGUAAGCAGAUUCAUUUGCUUUUUAGUCACGUAUUUGUAAUUCGUUGAUUCGUUUUAUGAAUUAUUUUGUACAUUUGUAUUUAUACAUAAACAUUUAUAAUUUGUAUUCAUCUGUAUCUUAAUUAUAUGAUUGAUAAUUUUAUUAUAUUGAAAAAGUAAUGAACAAACAGGUGUAUUAGAAAAGAAAAAAUAAGGAAAUAGUAAUGACUACAGUAAAGUAGAUCACGGUGUAUCUUCCUCUUAAAAAACGUCAAGUCAAUUAUCAGAGAAUCAGGUUCAAUUAAAAGGCAAGCAAUAAUUAUCAGAAUGACUGCUGCUUAUACAAACGAUCCUAUAUCUCAGGAACAGAACGUAGAAAAGAAGACAAGCACAAUAGUUAAUAAAAUAUCAUACAACAAGAAAGAACAAACAAUGCUGGAGGAAAGCACUGAAUUUGCUACUACAGGAAUUAUGAAGCUUGCAACAGGUGGUGAGGAACAAGAGGAAAUCCUUGUUAAUAAAGAAAAACUUACACUUUGUAUAUCAGUUGAUACAUCAGAAUUGCUUGAACAAAAAGUUAAAAAUAUUGUGGAAUAUAAAAAUAAUGAAGAUAGUGAAUUUCUAGAAAAAAAUGAAAAUACUUCAGUUAUUAUUGAAGAUAUUCAAAAUGCAACUAUUAAUAUGGGUGAAAUUAAAAAUGAAGUGAUAAAAAAUUGUGAUUUGAGUGUACCAAAAUCGACUUCAAAUUUAAUUGUAUCAAUGAAAGUCGAUGCGUUUCUCACCGAAUGUGAUUUUCAAGAUAUUAUAUCGGAAACACGUGAAACUGAUCUUUUUCCGCAAGAUAAUUUUAAGUUACAAGAAUUGCAAAACUCUAUUGAAAGUAUUGCUAUGGAAAUUAGCGAUUUUUCAAACGAUUUUGGAAAUUGUAAUGAAUCAUUAGAAAAUACAGUUCUUCAAAAAAAUAACGAAGAAAUCUAUGAUCCAGAGAGUGAACUAAAUUUUCACGAAGCUGUACGUGCUGGAGACGCCAAGUGCGUUGCGGCACUUCUUGCAAGUAACUUAAUACAAAAUCUAGACGAACCAGAUUGGAAUGUUUCAGGUGAUCCACCCUUGCUAGUAGCAGCUACAAAUCAUUGUUUGCCUAUACUUAGUUUAUUACUCGCGAACGGAUGUGAUCCAGCUGUGCGCUCUCCUCGUGGAGAAACGGCGCUUCAUAGAGUGAUUUUAAAUGGAGGACCAGGAAAUGUAUUGCAAUUCGUAGGAGAACUUUUGAAAUAUGGUUGCCCAUCAGGCGUAAAAGAAGCUGGUGGUGGUUUGACCGCCUUGCAUAUAUUAACACGUCAACUAGCUCAUGCACAAGGAUCAAAAAAUUUGCAUCAUAAUUUUGAAGCAGCUUUAAAAACGCUUGAUUUAUUAGCACGCGCUGGUCCUAUUAAUGCGAAAGAUCAUCAAGGCCGUAGUGCACUCCAUAUUUUAGCUUCAUCUACUAUUUUUGAUAACAACCAUAGAACUGAAAUCGAAUCAUUGAUCGAAACGUUGUUGGCUGCUGGUGCGGAUCCAUCACUAAAAAAUGAUAGAGGAGAGACUCCUUUACAUGAGUGUCUCGAGUGCGGUGCUUUAAAUACCGCGUUUUUACUUAUAUCACAUACACCAACCGGUAUAAUGUCACGUUAUGGUGAAACUCCAUUGCACAUUGCCUCUAGAAAAAAUUAUGUCGAUAUGGUAGCGAAAUUGUUAGAACACGGAGAAGAUCCUAGUAUACAAGAUGCCGGUGGCAAUACACCUUUGCAUCUAGCCUCUGCAAGAGGUUUUCAUCAAACUGUUUCUUUAUUGGUUACAUCGCCUCUUGCACAAUUAGAAAAAUUAAAUACUGAAGGAUUAACUGCACUUCAAGUAGCUGCUGAAAGUGGCUUUAUUAAUGCAGUAAGAUUAUUGUUGAAAGCAGGUGCAGAUCCAAGUCAAACAAUCAACUAUUGCACGACAAUUUUUCAUCGUCAUCCUGAUAUUUCUGUUUUAAUAGAUCACGAAUUGAGUAGACGUCGCCAACUCGCUGCUUAAUUAUUUUUUUGUAUGACUUUUUGAUAGUUGCUGAUUUAAUAGUAAAUCUAAUCAAAUUUUCUUUAUGUCUAUUGAAAUGUGAUUUGUAAUAGAAUUUUAAAUUUUAUUUUUAUCAAGAAUAUUUUAUCAAAAAGUUAAUCAAUUUG